GCAUCACGACGUCUUCAGGGUCCAACUUCGAGCGGCGCAAUCUCCUCGAACUGGGUAUGGAUAAAACUUCUGUUGGGAACUCUGAAAUGGUUAACGAAGCUGGGUGGUAUAUUCUUGGUGAAGAUCAGCAACAUGUAGGUCCAUAUGCCUUCUCUGAAUUGCGCGAGCAUUAUCUAAAUGGGUAUCUCUUGGAGAGUACACUAGCCUGGUCUGAAGGACAAAGUGAAUGGCGGCCAUUAUCAUCUAUUCCUGGGUUGACAGCAAAAACGUUUCAGCAAGAAGUUAAUUCAUUAACUACAGUCCCUGCUGACAACAACUAUGAUGAUGAUGAGCUUGAGAAAUAUCAGAAGGAGGUUAGAGAAGCAGGAGCAACAGCUGAACCGUUGAGCCCUUCUGGUAGUAAGAAUUUUGGUACGGUGGAAGGUGAUUAUGACAGACCUACUACACCUCCAGAGGGUGAGGAGGAAUUCACUGAUGAUGAUGGGACUGCAUACAAGUGGGACAGGGUUCUCAGGGCGUGGGUACCUCAGGAUGAUGCAUUUUUUAAACAUGAGCAAUAUGGGCCUGAAGAGAUGACAUUCAUGCAAGAAGAAGAAGUCUUUCCACACCUUCAAGAAGAUGCUACGUGCACUGGCAUCAAAGAACAUGAUGAUUCUGUUCCUUCCACCUCCAUCAAGGAAGACAAAGAUUCUGUCACAAAAGAAGCUAAUGGUAAAAGUGAGGACAUUGAAACCAAACAAAACGGGAAGAGAAAAUUGUGUGACAAGCAAGUUGAAAAAAAGGAAGCUAACAAAGGUCCUGAUGGUUGGUUUGAACUGAAAAUAAAUACACAUGUUUAUGUAACAGGGUUGCCAGAGGAUGUUACAAUUGAUGAAGUUGUUGAAGUUUUUUCGAAGUGUGGAAUCAUAAAGGAGGAUCCUGAAACCAAAAAACCCCGUGUUAAGUUGUAUGUUGAUAGAGAGACAGGGAAGAAGAAGGGUGAUGCUUUAGUGACCUAUCUGAAGGAACCCUCUGUUGCUCUGGCUUUGCAAAUUUUGGAUGGCACAUCUCUUCGUCCAGGUGGCAAAAUUCUUAUGUCUGUUACUCAAGCUAAGUUUGAGCAAAAAGGGGAUACAUUUGUAUCCAAAAAAGUAGACAACAAGAAGAAAAAGAAGCUUAAGAAGGUAGAAGAGAAGAUACUUGGCUGGGGUGGCCGAGAUGAUGCUAAAGUUUCAAUUCCUGCAACCGUUAUUCUCCGUUAUAUGUUUACACCGGCUGAAAUUAGGGCUGAUGAAAAUUUAUCUUCAGAAAUAGAAACAGAUGUUAAGGAGGAAUCCGCAAGAUUUGGCCCCGUGGAUUCGGUUAAGGUUUGUGAAAACCAUCCACAGGGUGUGGUUUUGAUAAGAUUCAAGGAUAGGAAGGAUGCUCAGAAAUGUAUAGAGUUGAUGAACGGCAGAUGGUUUGGUGGAAGACAAAUUCACGCAAGCGAGGACGACGGUUCAGUGAACCAUGCUUUGGUGAGGGAUCUGGAAGCAGACGCAGCUCGAUUGGAGCAGUUUGGUUCUGAACUUGAGGCGGACUAAGGCCUAUAUAAUGAAACCAUUUUGUACAUUAUAAUUCAGAAUAGCCUUCAUUUUGCACCUAAAGUCACCUGCUGUAAAGAAAUGUUAUUCAGGUUAAGGCAUUCUCCUCGAAGAUUUA